AUAAAAAACGUGGUGGAGGUGCAACUCCCUCUCCCCCGGAAGAAGAAGAAGAAGAAGAAAAAACCUCACUCCCUCUCUCUCUCAAUUUCGACGGCAUUAUUUUCCAACCCCUCUGUUUGCUUCUCGGGAAAAUUGACGCAAAAAUUUGUUUGGGGACUAAUCCUCCAAGGGACUUCACGCUGCCGUCUCCAAGCUGCCUUCUUCUCCCGAAUUUGAUUUCUCUACUGUAAUAGUGCUAGAUUCUUAGGUUGAUGUUAAUCAGAUUGAUGAGAGCAUAAUGUCUGAUGAGGCUGGAGAGAUGCUAGUGGUUUAUGAUGAUCCUUCGGACCAUCGCUCAUUAUCUUUGGAUGAUACAAGCAGCACAGCAGAAUCACUUGAUGAGACCAGGCUUUCAUUAGAAACCACUAAUGACACGAUUCCAUACAUUGGGCAAAGAUUCUCUACUCAUGAUGCUGCUUAUGAAUUCUAUAGUGAAUUUGCAAAACGAUGUGGAUUCUCAAUACGUCGCCACCGAACUGAAGGAAAAGAUGGGGUUGGCAAAGGACUUACAAGACGUUACUUUGUUUGCCACCGUGCUGGCAAUACCCCUAUCAAAGCCUCCAAUGAAAGCAAACCUCAAAGAAAUAGAAAAUCUUCUCGAUGUGGGUGUCAAGCAUACAUGCGUAUUAGCAAAGCGACAGAAUUGGGAGGACCAGAAUGGCGUGUCACAGGUUUCGCAAACCAUCAUAACCACGAAUUAUUGGAGCCAAACCAAGUUCGUUUUCUUCCAGCAUACAGAACCAUUUCAGAGUCAGAUAAGAGCCGAAUCCUUAUGUUUGCCAAAACUGGAAUUUCCGUGCAGCAAAUGAUGAGGCUCAUGGAGCUUGAGAAAUGUGUGGAGCCAGGAUAUCUGCCUUUCACAGAGAAGGAUGUGAGAAAUUUACUGCAGUCAUUUAGGAAGCUAGACCCAGAAGAAGAGAGCAUAGACUUAUUAAGAAUGUGCAGAAAUAUUAAGGAGAAAGACCCCAACUUCAAAUUUGAAUACACUCUUGAUUCCAACAACCGACUAGAGAACAUUGCUUGGUCAUACGCAUCAUCAAUCCAGGCAUAUGAUAUUUUUGGCGAUGCAGUGGUGUUUGACACGAGCCAUCGAUUGACUGUAUUUGACAUGCCACUUGGUAUAUGGGUUGGUAUGAAUAAUUAUGGGAUGCCUUGCUUCUUUGGCUGUGUGCUGCUACGAGAAGAAAGCUUGAGAUCUUUUUCAUGGGCAUUGAAGGUGUUCUUAGGGUUCAUGAGUGGAAAGGCACCUCAGACGAUACUCACUGACCAAAAUAUGUGUCUCAAAGAAGCAAUAAGCAUGGAAAUGCCAACCACCAAACAUGCACUUUGCAUAUGGAUGAUUGUGGCAAAAUUCCCUUCCUGGUUCAAUGCAGUUUUGGGGGAACGUUACAAUGAAUGGAAGGGUGAGUUUUAUCGACUCUACAAUUUGGAGUCAAUAGAGGAUUUUGAACUAGGUUGGAGGGAGAUGGUGAAUUCUUUCGGGCUUCACAGUAACAGGCAUAUCAUUAACUUAUAUGGCUUACGCUCACUUUGGGCAUUACCUUUCUUGAGAAGCCAUUUUUUUGCUGGGUUGACUACAAUUGGCCAGUCAAAGUCAAUUAAUGCUUUCAUCCAACGAUUCUUGGGUGCACAGACCAGGCUUGCCCACUUUGUCGAACAAGCUGCUGCAGCUGUGGAUUUCAAAGAUCAAGCUGGAGAACAACAAACAAUGCAACAGAAUCUCCAAAAUAUAUGUCUGAAAACAGGAGCACCUAUGGAAUCCCAUGCUGCCUCAAUCCUAACUCCUUAUGCCUUUUCUAAACUCCAAGAACAACUUGUUUUGGCUGCCCACUAUGCGUCUUUUCAGAUGGAAGAUGGUUUUCUUGUUAGACACCAUACAAAAGCUGAGGGAGGACGCAAAGUUUAUUGGGUUCCCCGGGAAGGUAUCAUAAGUUGCAGGUGCCAUCAUUUUGAGUUUUCUGGAAUUCUCUGCCGACAUUCUCUUCGAGUUCUCUCAACUGGAAAUUGCUUUCAGAUUCCUGAUAGAUAUCUUCCCGACCGGUGGCGCCGGAUCAGUACACCUUCACUAAAACUUCUUCAGAAUGCUCCAAGUGACCACGGGGAAAAAAUUCAGGUUUUGCAAAGUUUGGUAUCUACUCUUGUAACAGAAUCAACCAAGUCUAAGGAAAGAUUAGACAUGGCAACUGAGCAAGUGUCAAUUCUCUUAUCUCAGGUAAGGGAGCAGCCAGUUUCAUUGCAAACUACAAGAGAGAUACCAUCAUUCCAUAGGAAUAUUUGAUCUGAUACCAUGUAUAUUUUAAGCAACUAGAAUAGUUACAUUUUUGUUGUUGUUGAAAUUAGAUCAUGCUAAGAUCUGGUAAAGAAAGCAACUAGAAUAGGAACAUGCUAAUGGGACAGAAAAUGUGUUAGUUCUGGGAGCUGGCAUGUGGACUGAAGUUUUGCAUGGCAUUUUUGUAGUUUUUAUUUGGGCAAAUUCCUAGUGUUUUUUUUUGUCGGAUUA